UCAAUGCGCGGCAUUAUUUUGCUAGUUCUUGUAGGCGGGAAGGAAGGGCGGUGUUUCCACAGAAAAAAAAGCGCGCCAGGCCUGUCGCCUUUUCGCGGCAACCGGCAUUGUUUGUUCCUCCACCUCCUUCACCCCCGAGAGCCGACUUCCAUGCUCCCUGUGGAGUGGUGUGCGGAGCCUGGAUUCUUCUACUCAACUCGCUGCGCUCCAUUCGCUUCCGCAGCUUAGGUUAGGGUUUCUUGCGAACUCUUCCUCUCCAUUUUUUUGUUCCACUUAUGGGAAGUAAGGCAUCGUACGAGCAAGUAAUCCUCGUUCAAUCCGUGUUGGGCGAGAAUUUUACCGAAAUGGACAUAAUCCGUGCUCUUCAUAUGGCUAACAACGAUCCCUCGGCCGCAAUCAACAUCAUAUUGGAUACCCCACAUCUUCGGCUUGUCGAGGAGAAGGGGAGUUCCGUCAAGAAAUCUCCAGCAGUUGCCAGUCGUGAAGCUGUCUCUCCCAGCGAAGAGUCUGCAGAGAAGCAAAACUUAUGUUCUAAUUUUCCUGUAGAGCUAGAUCCUCCUAUAAAUAGAUCCAUUGCACAGUAUGAAGCUCCUUCAAGUACAUAUGCUCCAGGCAACGAUGAAUGGUGGCUUCUGGGAAGUUCGGAGCUUGCUGGCCUCUCUACUAGCAAGGGGAGAAGGCUUAGGGCGGGUGAUCCAGUGACAUUCUCUUUCCCAUCGACUAUAAGUUCAAAAAUGUGCACAAAAUUUUCUGGCCGAGGACGUGCAGUGGCAUCUUGUUCGGAGAUUGUACGAUUUUCGUCCGAAGAACAUGGUGAGAUUGGUCGAAUACCAAACGAGUGGGCACGUUGCCUUUCACCUCUCAUAAAAGAAAAGAAGAUUAAGGUGGUGGGGUUCUGUAAAUUUGCUCCCGAUGUUCUUGGCAUCAUGGACACAAUUCUCUUGUCAGUCAGUGUGUAUUUGAAGAGUUCAAUGUUCCGCAAGAGUCAUCAAACAUCACUUAAGGUCACCAAUUGUUCUACUGAUGAAUCUACAAUUCAUCCACUCCCCACCUUGUUCAAAUUGCUGGGGAUAACUCCAUUUAAGAAGGCUGAGUUAAGCCCUGAUGAUUUAUAUGGUAAAAAACGACCCAUAGAAUCCAAGGACGACCUAAUAGAGCCUUCAUCAACUGCACCUGCUAAAAAAUUUAGGAAGUUACUUUCACAUGGAAGUAGAACUGAAAAUAAUCAAGCGAGCAUAUCAGAUUCUGAUGUAAAUAAUAUUGUGGGAAUUGGGGAUAGCUCAGAAUUAGAGGAAAUGGAUCCACCUGAAACAUUGUUGUGUGAAUUGCGUUCUUAUCAAAAGCAGGCUCUACAUUGGAUGCUGCAGCUUGAGAAAGGAAGAUGCUUAGAAAAGGGGUCGAGAACCCUACAUCCAUGUUGGGAUGCAUAUCGCCUUGCUGAUGAGAGGGAUCUUGUUAUUUACUUGAAUGCUUUUUCUGGCAAUGCUACUAUAGAAUUUCCUAGUACUCAGCAAAUUGCAAGAGGAGGAAUUUUGGCAGAUGCGAUGGGAUUAGGCAAGACCAUAAUGACCUUAGCUCUUUUGCUUGCUCACUCUGACAAAGGGGGAUCACCUACUUGUUCUUCAAUUCAGGACUCUAAUGAUGAUAAUAACAUCGGUAGCAGUAUUGAUAAGUUUUCUAGUGGUUCAAAAAAACCAGCAAGCAUCUCUGGCUUUAACAAAUUGAAAUCAAAAUCCAUACUGAUUCGAGGUGGUAAUCUAAUUGUCUGUCCUAUGACACUGUUAGGCCAGUGGAAGGCUGAGAUUGAGACACACGCCCAUCAAGGUUCCCUUUCUCUUUAUGUUCAUUAUGGACCUAGCAGACCAAAAGAUGCAAAGUUUCUUGCACAGAGUGAUGUUGUUCUGACUACCUAUGGCGUUCUGGCUGCAGAGUUCUCAGCUGAGAAUGCUGAAGACAAUGGUGGUCUUUACUCAGUUCAAUGGUUCAGAAUUGUGCUAGAUGAAGCACACACUAUAAAAUCAUCAAAGAGCCAAGUUUCUAUCGCUGCUACAGCUCUAAGUGCUGACAGGAGAUGGUGUCUUACAGGGACCCCCAUUCAGAACAAUCUUGAAGAUCUAUACAGCCUACUUCGAUUCUUACGGGUAGAGCCUUGGGGAAAUUGGGCUUU